UAUGCCUAGAGCCGGCCCUGGUGAGCAGCUGCCAUUCAGCGGGCACUGAGGAGCACUGACGGUAACCGCAGAUGAAGGAAGGAAGGGAGGGUGUGGGCGAGUUGAUAUAGCAGCGGUCCCAGCACAUGCACACACCCGCGAAGAGUUUGAGUGAAAGAGAGAGGGAGGGAGUGUGUGUUUGUCCACACAGAGCUCGAACCACUGCAUUCAAGAAGCAUUCAAACGGAGAAGGGGAGAGGGAAACGGCUGCUACUUAUCUGAACAAGCUUCCACACAUACGGAGGAGCCGAGGCCAUUCCCACUGGCGAUAUUACUGCAGUAGAUUGCUUUGACGCCAGCAGCAAGAGAUACCUCAUGCGGCAGAGACGCGUCGCAUUUGUCGGUGGUAAAAAGCUACUGGGGCGCCUAUUUACCAACCCCCGCUGUUAUCCUUAUAUUUUGUUUCAGUUUAUCUCAUUGUACUCUGCUGAGAGUGUGUUUAUCCGGCACCUUGCGUUCGUCAUCCAGUGUAUUUUGGCCGCUGCUUGAAACUGACAAACACUGUUCAUUGACGCGCCCGAAACGUCUGCAGAGGUGGAGGAGACGCCAGGGAGCGGUUGUUGUGGAGCAGGUUGGGAUAUUUUGCGAUAAAAGCUACUCAACCAGACCGUGCAGUCGUGUGUGAGCACGCUUUCGCCGAUGUCGAUAGACUGCUUCACAAAUCGGAUUUUUACACUGCUCUUUUAAAAUCAUGAUUUGACAAAUGGGUUAAUUAUCGCCAUGUAAGAGCUUACUACGAAGACUGGUCAAUAGAAUUACGCAUGGAUGCUUGUAUAAUGUAGUCACAACGUUAGUUCCUGCAGAGGUAUCCAGUUAAUAUCAAUCACCAUCGAAAGAAAGCCUUAUUGCGCUAUUGUAUCAAAAUGCCGGCGGGAAUGAAGCCCCUGGAAAAGUUUUUGAAGAAACAGACAACGGCGCUCACUCGAGCUGGUGGCUUUGGGGAGAAGGCGACUGGCACUGGCACUUCUCGGCGGCGAGCCAGCCUGUCUCGGGUGGUUCCGUUUUUCAGGGAAACUUCUCCAGAGAGCGGUCCGGCCAGGGAGGUGUUCAGCCCGGACACUGAGGAAGCACCGUGCUGGCCCUCGGCCACUGCGGACAUUAGGAGCCCGUCGUUGUCUAGCGAUGAGCAAAGCUCCGAGGCGAGUCUGGACACGAGCUGGACCCCGCUGCCUGCGGACACACCGGACAACCUGGCGCUGGCGCUCCUGGACAGUGUGGCGGGCAAACGAUAUGGCAACUGCACAGAAACCCUCCUGGAUGACUUCAUGUUGACACACCCCAUCUUCCUGGCCUCAGACAGGUUCCAGCAGGUCCUACUCCAGCAAUUUGGUGUCGAGGGGAAGGCAGGGGAGGGCUGGCCCAGCUGGGACGGGGCAGAGAGGAAGCAGGCUGUGCUGAGUGUUGCCUUCCGUUACCUGGACACAUACAGAGAACUGCUGCAGGAAGAGGGCGAGAGGUCCAACAGCUUCCCCAAGGAGCUGUAUCUGUGUGCAGUCCAACAACUCAGUCAGUUCCCUGAGCUCGUGGAAGACGUGCUAAAGCUUCAGCGCUGGACCGAGAUCCUCCAAUGCCCCAGCUCCGAGGAGGACAAGGAGAUUCGGAAGAAGCAGGUCCGUCCUCUUUUCCGCCACUUCCGCCGCAUCGACGCCUGUCUGCAGCCCAGAGAGGCCUUCCGGGGAUCAGAUGAGAUCUUUUGCAGGGUGUACACGCCAGACCACUCGUACGUGACGAUCCGCAGCCGUCUGUCGUGCCGCGUGGGGGAGAUCCUGGCGCUGGUCAGGGAGAAGCUGCAGUACAGCGAAGACCAGCCAACCCAACCUGGCAACCUGCUGCUGGUGGCUGUCACCUCCGCCGGGGAGAAGGCCGCUUUCCGGCCUAGCGACGAGGCCGUCUUCACCACCCUGGGAGUCAACACUCACCUGUUUGCCUGCGAGCCCUCUGAGCUGGAGAGCCUGCUUCCCUUACCUGAGGAGAUCCACUGGUCGCCCGGCGACAGUAAACUACAUGACAUGAGUGCUGAGGAGGUAGCCACUCAGCUGGUGGUGUUUGACUGGGAGCUCUUCAGCUGCGUGCAUGAGGUGGAGUUUGUGUGCUAUGUGUUCCACGGCGAGCAGGCUCGCUGGCGCCCCCUCAACCUCGAGCUGGUACUGCAGCGAUGCAGCGAGGUGCAGCAUUGGGUCGCCACCGAGAUCCUGCAGUGCCAGUCGCUGCCCAAGAGGGUGCAGCUCCUCCGCAAGUUCAUCAAGAUCGCAGCUCUGUGUAAGCAGCAGCAGGACCUGCUGUCCUUCCUAGCUGUGGUCCUGGGGCUGGACAACCCUGCAGUCAGCCGCCUUCGCCUCACCUGGGAGGGCCUCCCUGGGAAGUUCAGGAAGCAGUUCCAGCAGUUUGAGAGCAUUGCGGAUCCAUCCAGGAACCACAAGUCGUACAGAGACCUGAUGGGCAGCCUCAGACCCCCUCUCAUCCCCUUCACACCACUGCUGCUCAAAGAUCUGACCUUCCUCCACGAGAGUUGCAAGUCAUUUCAUGGGGAGCUUGUCAAUUUUGAGAAGAUGCAUAAAGUUGCAGAGAUGGUGAGGAGCAUCAGACGAUACAGGAGCUCUCAACUAGCUCUGGAUGCAGAGCCUUCCCCCUCUCACCUCCAGACCAAGGCCUACGUUCGCCAGCUGCAGGUCAUCGACAAUCAGAACCUGCUCUUUGAAAUGUCCUGCAAGCUAGAGCCCAAAGACAUGUGAGAGAAAGUGCGAAUGAGUGGGAGAGGGACGAGAAAGAGGGAGAGAUACCCAUACCCACCUUACCCCCCUUCUCCAUUGCAACUCUGCCCUCAAUGGUCUCAACCCUGAUUGGCUGAAUCAGCUAGCCAUUUUUGUAACCUUCCUAUGCUGGUUGUUUUCCUGGAUUCCUCCAGCCUCCUUCCCGGUCUGCUUGUCACGAGCCACUGCUGAUUUUGUGUACAAUACUCAGACGGCUGGAAACGGCUGAGAAAAAUGACUGGAACUCUUUUCUUUGAAGCCUUGUGCGUGUGACUUUGUGAGCAUGUUGUGUGAGGAGGGCACGAGGUUUCAGGACUGACUCGACUAGCAGAUUGGACAGCCAUUUUGUACAGAAAAUGAGGAUAAAUGAAUAGUAGGCUUUUGUUUGAUUUGUUUUUGUUUCCCCAACACCAAGUCAUGCUUCUGCUUUCACGUCCAAGUGAAACCUGUCCAGUUUGCACUGCCACCAAAUCCCCUUCCCCAACUGGACCUUUCUGAACUUACCCAAACCAGGAUGGUUAGCCCAAAUGGGGAAAGGCCGGCUUUGUUUUACUAGACCAGUUGAACUGAAGUCUCUUUGACAUUUGACCCCCAGACAGACUCUAUUCCUACUGUUGUCCCAUCUGUUCUCUGUGAAGUACUCAGAUGUGAGACAAUCUAACUCCGUGACCUCUAACCUAACUCUUGACCCCUCCCCUCCAGCCAACAUGGGCACUUACCACCGACAGCUCAGCGGCAGCCCUCAACGAGUCAGCGACAGUUGGAUAAUAGAAGAUAUACUCCUAUGCUAGUUCCUACUAGUACUUCUGGGCUAGAAUAAACCCAGAGUUUAUACCUCUGAACAAAAGCUUCCACCGUGUCACAAGAAGACGUGGUAUUUCGGGUGAUGGUGGAAUGAAAAGUCUCUGAACCCCAUGAUGUGCUGCAGGCUUAUUGGCUCCCCACGUCAAAGAUCUCUCUCAUUGGUUGAGUCAGUUGUUGAUUGACAGCUCUUGAUAAUUCCACCCUUUUAGGGGGUUCAGACUGAGGCCACAGGUUCACCAUCACAAGACAAACCCUUCUUUAUGUACAGAUGAUGGGAGGCCAACAAAAUUUGUAACAACAAAGCACUUUUGCCUGACCUCAGGGCACAUUUUCAGCAUGAGAAUUGUUUGUGAUUGUAUAAAAUGUUCAGUAUAGUUCAGUUCAAUAUCAUUUUUAUCGCAAUUUAACAAAGCCAUUGUCGCAGAACUCUCAACAAAAGAGCCAAGGCCCGUUUUAUUCUAUAGGCAUGGUACCAUCAUCAUGGCCAGUUGUACUGCACCAUAGUUUCUAAUAUGCUGAUUGAUGAUUUUCUCAUAGAAAGUAUAUGGAGUUGAACAACUGGACCCAGUGACGUUGACACCACUUGUUUGCCUGCAACUCUCUCAGGACCCCUGGUUCGCGACCUUCGCGGAGGGCUGCCUGGCAAUGCCUGUACGAUAAAGCUGUAAUGUAAAUAUUCUAUGUGUAAAUAGCUAAAUAAUAUGGAGACUCUAUUUUAUGUAAGAUGCAAGGACAUUAUUUUAUUUGUUUUGUAAAUCUGAGAACGGGUGUAAAUGGAGACUGAAAUGGAGUCUGCUACUGUAGUUGAGAUGAAUUGUACAGCAUAUUUCUUCAGUUUUUUUUCUUUUCUUCUUAAGCGACUGGGAGGCCUGGGGUGAGGGAUCUUGACUCGCGUGGGGGGUUGUUUUUGUACAGAAGUCAGUGUUUACAGUCAUCUCUCCCGAAACUCAGAUGUGUCAUUAGACGUAGUCCAAGGUUAUAUCCGAGCAGUUGUGUCAAAUCAACCCUUAACCCCUAGGCAAUGUGUAGGUCUGGGAGAUUUGGAUAGGUGGUAAUGUAGUAAGACCUCCACUUUGCCCAUUGUGAUGGGCUAGAUGGAAGUAUCACUAUAUUGCUUACACCGAUCACUUGUUUAGGAGGUAGGGGCUGAGGGUUUGGGAGUCGAUCUGCUCUUUUUACCAUGGGGAGGCCCUUCACUCUGGUCUCGGAUACUACGCACCUAAAUAAAGCCUCUUCUGAUGA